AUGCAUUUAUCACUGAUCAAGCAUUCAACAGUUGCAGGCGCAUUGGAUCUAGUGGACUGCCUUGACACUCCCGUCCCUGGGAAUGCCUCCUCUGCUGCCGCUGCUUCUGGGGAUGAUGGUGGUGGGGUUGAUGAUGGUGAUGAUGGUGGUGGUGGUGAUGGUGGUGAUGAUGGUGAUGAGGAGGAGGACGACGACGAUGGUGAGGAGGACAGUGAUUUUGGUUGCGAUGGUGCCGCUGCAGAUGGUGACCCUUGGGAUCAUGCUCGCCUACUGCUGCAACUGCUUCACCUACUGACGCCCCUCCACCAGUGCUUGCUGUCCUCUCCUCCGUCCCCCCAUCACCCGCCCUCCCCUCCUAUGGCCCCCCAUCAUCCGCCCUCCCCUUUUCCGCCUCUGCAGUAG